ACAAAACACGUGACUGUUUUAUGGGUCACAUGACCUGAUGACUUGUUAGCUCCACCUCCUCCCUACAGACAGACUGGCUACUCGAUGAGAGGCUAGCUGUUAGCUUCAACUGUCAAGACGGCGAGAUGAGUUUCCUCGGAGGUUUGUUUGGUCCCGUUUGUGAGAUAGAUGUCUUAUUGAACGAUGCAGAAAACCGAAAAACAGCUGAACUAAAGACAGAAGAUGGAAAAGUCGAGAAACACUAUCUAUUCUACGAUGGAGAGUCUGUCUCUGGCAAGGUGAAUCUGAAUGUGAAGCAGGGAGGAAAGCGGCUUGAACAUCAGGGCAUCCGUAUCGAGUUUGUUGGACAAAUAGAGUUGUUCUCCGAUAAGAGCAACACCCAUGAGUUUGUGGAUUUGGUGAAAGAGUUGGCUCUACCUGGAGAACUCACCCAGAACAGAAGCUAUGACUUUGAGUUCAUGCAGGUGGAGAAGCCGUAUGAGUCCUACACAGGAGUCAACGUCAGACUACGAUAUUUCCUCCGGGUGACAAUAGUUCGCCGCUUGUCCGACUUAGUGAAAGAAUACGAGUUAAUCGUCCACCAGCUGGCCACUUACCCAGACGUUAACAACUCAAUCAAGAUGGAGGUUGGCAUAGAAGACUGUCUGCACAUUGAGUUUGAAUACAAUAAAUCCAAGUACCACUUGAAGGAUGUAAUCGUUGGGAAGAUUUAUUUUCUGUUGGUCAGAAUCAAGAUCCAACACAUGGAACUGCAGCUCAUCAAGAAGGAGAUCACAGGCAUUGGUCCCAGCACAACUACGGAGACCGAGACGGUUGCAAAGUAUGAGAUUAUGGAUGGAGCUCCGGUAAAAGGAGAAUCGAUUCCAAUCAGGCUGUUCCUGGCAGGAUAUGAUCUGACACCAACCAUGAGGGAUGUCAAUAAGAAGUUCUCUGUACGCUACUUCCUCAAUCUGGUUCUGGUUGAUGAAGAGGACAGGAGAUACUUCAAACAACAGGAGAUUGUUUUGUGGAGAAAAGCUCCAGAGAAGCUAAGGAAAAGAAACUUCCAUCAGCGCUAUGAGUCACCUGAACCACGAAACCAAACGGUUACGGCAGAGCAGCCAGAGAUGUGAGGAGCUGAGGAAUGUGAACUAAGAAAUAGACGAAUCGCAGAUCUCCACUGCUGAAUGGCCAGAAGUGUGAGAGCUUCCCAGUGUCUCCAUGGACUGAGAAAUGUCUGUAAACAUGAUUAUACAUAUGCCUUUCUUUCAAACACCCCUCCUUCCCCCUCAACUCCACACAGGUUCAACUUCGGCUACCUAGUGUCACACUUCCUCUGGACUGAAACACCUGCAUACACAUGGACACAAGUAAACAAUAAAACUCUGCUAAAUGCUGAACACUUUGGCAAACUUAAUAUAACACAAGCAAUGAAGAGUUAGAGGUCAAAUUUGAUCAUCAGACUAAAACUGUCAAGCUCAAACCAAUGAAGCCAUAAUCCCUGUUUUCUGAAUGCUAUUUGAGAGGUGCUGAGGUGAAGUCAUGGCUACAAACUGCUGCUUGAUCCUAUCUUUUCAUUUUUUUUUUCCUCUUCUCUGAAUUUCCAAAAGGUUCCCUAACACUCUACCUUAUGUCCUGCUGGAUAUUUUUCAAGAUGUGAGGAAUUUGUUACAAUCAAGGAUGUGAGAGGCCAAACUUAAAGUUGACUCACAUUCCCUUUAUUUAUUCACAGCGCCUGUCUUCAACCUGUCACUCAGUUAAAACCGCGUAUUUAAGUUUAUUAUUUUACAUGCUGUACCGUUCAAAAACAUUGACUGCCUGCUUUAUUUCAGGGAAUGACGAUUGAAAGUGUACAAAAGAUGUGCAACAACUUUGUAGUUUUCAUGCAAUGCUUCAAAUGUGAUCAAAAGACUGUAAAUUCAGAAAUCUUCUCAGCUUCCUCAUUUUUAUCAUUUGAUGGGAGCUUUUUUUGAGGCAAAUAGUUUGAUAUAUUUAAAUGAUAAAUGGUUAAUUACUUAGACUUCAAGCACUAGGAGGAAUGCGCUUCUCACAUGCUGUAAAACCCAACAAUGUUCCACUGUGAUGCUUAGACCUGCAGUUAAGGUCCUGCUUUAAAGACACUGUUUUCAGUCCGGUGUAAUUUUUUAGGCUACAGCUCUGAUUCAGGGCCAAUUUGCACUUUGCUUUCCAUCGCUUGUUUCUGUAUGAAGGAUAAUGGAUGCUCCAAAACAACCAUCACUCAAGGAAAACUUCACCUUGGAUAUCUCCUGAGUUGGCAAUAAAAAUAAUUAUACUGUUGUGUAAGUAUCA